AUGGCAACCCGCCGCAUCAUCAGCAGCGAAAAGACCAUCCUCGAAAAAGACGACCAGCCCGAAAAGUCAAACAUAUCCCCCGCCGUCCCCAAGCAGCCGCUGACCCCAGGCCCUCCCUCCUCUUCUUCCCCCAUGGACAGAGAUGUCAUUUUCAAGCUUCUCGGCUUCACAUUCGCCAUGAUCGUCGUCCCCAUAGGCUCAUACUUUCUGACCGUCCACACCGUUUUCAAAGGAAACUCUUCCCUUGCAGGAGGCCUGGCUGCUCUUCUGGCCAACGUGGUGCUUAUAAGCUACGUUAUUGUGGCAAUGAAGGAGGAUGAUUCGGCGAGACUGGGAGAGGGUGUCAAGAAACCAGAGACAAAAAAGGACCAAUGA